AUGAUUAUACUGCUUCUUUUGUUACUCACGUUUUGCACAGCCAACUUGGACGACUUCAACGCCCCAGAUUUGGUUCUAUUCUCGGAGUUUGAAACUAAAUUUAAUCGACGAUAUCUCACUCCUGCGAACCGCCUUGCACGUCUUGCUAUCUUCCGUUCUUCUUUAAAGAAAAUAAGAGAGCGGAGUAUAUCAAACAACCUACAGAAGUAUCAAAUCAACCAAUUUACAGACAUGUAUCCUUCUGAAAUUUCUAUGGGAUUUACAGCACCAAAAGAGUUUGACCACAUCAAAAGUGGCGACUAUCCACCCGCAGACACCCCUGUUGAUUAUUAUAACGUCAACGAAGUCGACCUCCCAACUGGUGAUCGGCUUCCAAUGAAUCUUUCGUAUUGUGGUGAUUACGUCAAUUACAACACUGAAAGAGUUAAAGUCGACUUAUGUGGUGAUGGUAUAGACCAAGGGCAAUGUGGCUCGUGUUAUGCAUCAGCGAUGGCAAAUUACAUUCAAAUUCGCUAUGCGAACAUAUCCUAUUAUUCGAACAACCGCGCCGCAUCUCAAAUGCAGAAACCAGUGAUGUCCGUUCAAAAGUUAUUAGACUUAACAGUAAAAGCGAAUGUCUGGGAAAACAUGUUAUACUCAUAUAGGUGUUGUGGUGGUAACCCAAUGAAUUGUGCGGAGGCCGCACCAAUAGUUGUAUCUGGUGUUGACUACCCAUACACAGACUAUGAAACUAAAUCUGAGAAUUAUAAUGCUACAAAUAAUCCACCAGAGUGUGUGGCGAGUGGAGUCAAUGCGCACCCAAAUGCCAAGAAAUACAUCAAAGUGAAGAAAUACAGAGCUUUCAAUUUUAAAGAGACUGGGGAGAAGAAAGUAAAAUUACUGAAGAAAGUGCUCCACCACUACGGCGCAUUCUUCGUUGGGAUCAAUGCAAUGUCAUUCGACUUUUACCAGUACGGAGGAGGUGUCUACACAAUGGCAGAAGACGGUUACUGCACCAAUGGAUAUACUAACCACUUGAUCAUCAUUGUUGGAUACGGAAAGGAUACUAAUGGAAAUGAGUAUUUCAUUGGCAGAAAUACUUGGGGUGCUUCUUGGGGUGAAAAGGGAUAUGUUAGAAUAUCGACUAAAGUCCUUUGUGCGUUCGGAUAUUACACCACAAGCUUUGGAUCGACGGGGCUGAUGUAUGGGUCGAGCUGUGAUUUGGAUAAAGGGUGCGCUUCAUGUGACUCAAACUUUGAUUGCACGGGGUGCAAAGCAGGUUAUACAAUGGACGAAUUGUCGAAGACUUGUAUGAAGUUAUUCAAUGAAGCAGACUUUACACCUUACAAGGAUUGUAUGUCAGAUGGAGCCACCGGAUCGUGUACGGAUGAUCAACCAAGUACUAGUGAACAUAGUGAAACAAAUUCGAAUUCUACUUCAACCACAAAUUCAUCACUUGGAAUGAGUAUAGUUGCUUUGCUCCUUCUCUUCUUGAUAAUAAACUAA